UUGUAAUGGCAAUAGCGGCGUCUGCCUCCUUUGGUUACGGGCAGCUUCUUUCUCGCACAGCAUUUCUGUUGAGAUCUACAGUUCGAAGUCUGAGUGCGCAAAACACUUCACCAGUUCAAGGUUCUAAAGUGUAACAUUUCAACACAAGAGUUUGAACUUGCUCCCAGCUUUGCAGUACGUGGCAUUAAAGAGAUCACUUUAAUGGUUGUAGUGCUCUAAAAAUUCUCCCAUUGUAUAAAGGUACUCCAGAAUAUUCAUAACCAGCACUGUAGAACUGAGUGGCAGCUAAGCAUUAACCUGCAGUUGGAGAUAAGAGAGAAAACAGAUAUUCUGUGCAACUUGUUCCAGUCCUCUUGCUGCAUACCAUGAAGUCAGCCAGUGUGAAGCUUGAUGGAAACAAGAGCAGAAAAAGUAAAACACAGAGUCCUUUUAACUCAGCAACGCCUUCUAGUGGCCCAGGCAAAAUGGCUACAGGAGCUACUUCUAAAAUCAAGAGUUUCUCCUUGCCAUCCAUUUCUCCCAUAGCCACUGUAGAAGCUGCCUCUAUUGGCUGCUCUUCUAAAGCUGGGCCCAGUUUUCUGGAUGCAGUUGUCCCCUUGAGUGUUAGCAGAGGCAUGGAUCAGGAAGAGAUUCAGAAGGAACGCUAUGGAGAGAGGACUCCCCUGCAAAUUCCUAACCAAAGUAGAAUAUCAGCUUCAGCUGCAAAAGCACUAUCAAAAAUAGAGCCAAUCAAACUCGAUGAAGGUGUAGAAGUAAUAGAUCUCACCGGUGACACUUCAGUGGUUGAUCUUACACAUAAUGAUUCCAUUGUACUUGCGGAAGAGACUAGACAACAGCAAAACCAAAAAUUAAGAAGCCGACCGCUGUUCAACAGCUGUAUAGUAUGUAAUGAUAAUGACAACGAAUAUAGUGAAAGUGAGUUGGCUGCCAGUAAAUUGCCUAGAGAAUUAGAAAAGGAGAAAAUUGGAAGUCUGAAAUCUUCAGGCACUGUGAAUUGUCCAAUUUGCAUGGAUGGCUAUGCAGAAAUUAUCCACAGUGGACGACUUAUAAUGUCAACAAAAUGUGGCCACAUCUUUUGUAGUCAGUGCCUCCAAAAUUCUCUUAAAAGUACAAACUCUUGUCCUGCUUGUAGGAAAAAACUCAAUCGCAAACAAUACCAUCCAAUAUAUAUAUGAAUAUAUGGAUGAAUUUGGUAAUCUAACUUCUCAUUUGGCUGCUUUGUUUUUUGUUUAUUUUAUGUAAACUUAAUUCUGCUUUAAGGAAUAUUAUAGCUCCGUUUACUGGGGGACCAUAGACUCCCAUCUAUUGAAACCUAUGUUAAAAAAAACCUGUACAAGUAGUAAAGAACUUAUUUUUUGUUUAAUUGUAAGCCAGUUAUAAAAAUAUUGAUGCAAUCAGGCAGAAGCUGAUGAAGAAUGUAGGGCACUGUUACAAGCAUCUUAUUAGAAUUAAAAUAAUAAAACUCACUUAAUGGAAAAACUUAUUUAGUGAGAAAAUUUCUUUUGUGUUAAUAGAGCCCAAGUAAAAACGCUGAACUCCCAAAUGGAUAGGAUUAUAAAACCUAGAAUUCAAAUCUCAGACUAUGUACAUGGAUAUUAUGUAUACAUGAAUUUUCUUUGGUAGCCUAAAUUUUCAUUUUAAUUGCAUUCAUAAUUAAGACUCUUAAUGGUAAUAACUGAAUGUACAUCCUCUAUUUGGACUCAUAUGAAAAUUUUGUGAUUAGUGACAUUUUUGUCUUUAAUGUGGGCAGUUAUACAAACUAAAUUGCCUAAAGAGCUGCUCUUUCCCAUAAAUAAUAGCUAAUAACCAUUUUAAGCCUGUAAGAAAUAAGAACAUAUAAGGAAUAGAUUUUGAGCAUAAAAGUGAUCAGUUGAAUAUUUGUAAUAAACUGGUGGAUGGCAUGAUGUUGUAAUCUGAUCUAUUUAAGAAUUUUAGUAAUUCUAAACUAAUUGGAUUUAUUAAAUGUAACCUGUUAUUAGCUAACCCUGGGUACCUAUGCAAUCAUUUACUUCCAAUCAGAAAGCCUAAACCUAUUCUCAUAUCACUAAAAAUGGACUAGCAUGUUUACAUAGUACAGCAUGAACUAUAGUCUGAGUCUCAGGUUCAAUGAAAAAGGUGUAAAUUUUUUCUCCUUAAUGAUCCCCCACAGUUGUUUCAGGGCUGGCUGUAUAAGAUAGUUAGUUACUUACUGAACUUCCUCAUGUCUGGUCAUGUAAAAUUCUGUAAUAAAGAUCAACAUUGGAGAAACGUGCAAUGGCAGUUGAAAAGCCAUAUCCAUGCUUAUUGUAGAACUAUUGUAAAAUCAAUUAAUGAAGUUAAACAAGCCUUAUAUAAACUUGGGAUUAUGAAUGCAGUUCUCUUCUUUUUCAUGAAUUCUCCUGCUUGAAAUUAUACAACUGUCUGAACAAUAAAAGUUACAUGCGUUUAAGGA